UUCAAAAUUCAUAUAGAAUAGCAUCACGCGUGUUAAACAAUAUCUGCUAUUUUAUAAGAAUUUUGUCUUUAAUAUUACUUUAGAUUGGUGAUAUUGUUUAACACGUGGUGCUAUUCCAUAAGAAUUUUAAAUUUAAUAUUACUUUAGAUCAGUGAUAUUAUUUAACACAUGGUGAUGGAUGGUGAAGAAGAAAUUUCUGAUUUCCUCUCAGAGGGAGAAAUAGAUGAAAUCAUCGAUUUGUCUAUGGAGACAGAUGAUGAUUCAGAGGACUCAAUGGAUUUGAUAGAUCCAAUAACCUCUGUAACCUCUAUGGGAACAAUGCAGCAAGAAUCUAUAGAAAAUGCUGUGUGUGUCUUCAAGGGUCAUGCACGUUCAAAUCCAAUAUAUUGCGCUUGUUUGAGUCAAAAUGGUGAGCUAGCGAUAACAGGCAGUGGAGAAGAUGUAGCGUACCUCUGGGAAACUACUACUGGGAACAUUGUAAUGAAAUGUGAUGGCCAUAUAGACAGUGUUAUAUUCGCAGAGUUCAGUCACGAUGAAACCUACUUAGCCACUGCAGACAUGAAAGGCCUUAUACAACUGUGGGAAUUGAGCUCUAAGACUUGUUACUGGCAGAACAACAUAGGUGAUUUAUUUUGGAUAAAAUGGCAUCAUUCAGCCAAUAUUUUAUUAGCAAGCUGUGAAAGUGGAGAGAUUUAUAUGUGGAGCCUACCAAAGGGAAAAUGCAAAAUUUUUCCAGGAUAUGGUAGUGUCGCGGAAUGUGGAACUAUUUGCCCAGAUGGAAAGUCUAUUGUGGUAGGAUAUAGAGAUGGUACAAUUCGUAUGAUAAACUUAAAAGACAGCACUGUGACAGCCACCAUACCUAUUAGUCAAGGUCAUACUAGUCUCAUCACCAGCAUCGAUUGUGAUGUAAAUAAUAAAUUGCUUAUUUCGGUGUCGACAGACGGCAAGACUAUACUGAGUACAGCGCACAAUGGCAAAAUAAUUUCAAUACUUCAAGAUCUUAGUUCUGGAACGUCUACAGAACAAAAUGAUUGUACAGAAGAGGAAGAAAGUGAAUCCAAUACAAAAAAUUGGGCAGAAACAAUAGCUUUCUGUAAGGAUCCUACACUUCCCUGUGCUGCCUCUGGAACAGUUAAUGGUGAACUCUUUAUAUGGGAUAUUUCUAAACAGAUUCUUAGGCACAACAUAAAUAUUUACACGAAACGUGCUAUAACCAAAGUACUGUGGAAAGGAAACACAUCGAUAUUGUUUCUGGGUGGAGCAGAUGGUGUAACGAGAUGUGUCGAUGCAAAAACUGGCGAAUGCCUUAGGUUUUACAAGGGACAUAAAGGUGCAAUACUGGAUUUAUAUAUAUCAAAGAACGAAAAAAGAUUACUGACAGUCAGCGAAGAUGCCACAGCUAUAGUUUUUGAUAUUUCAUCCAUAUCUUGACGAAACGCGAAACAUAGAAAAUAUUAAUACAGAGUGGCAAAAUUGUCAUUUGGCAAAGAAUAUUCAUGAUAAGAUUUUGCCGCCAUCUUGUAUGUUCGCGUUUUUUUUUAAAUAAUAUCCCUUUUUGUACUAUAUACAUUAUUCGUUUUAGUGUAUUAUUUAAAAAUAAAAUCAUUAUUUUCAUCUAA